AUGCUGCCGUCUCUGGUGCUCCACCGGGCCUCUGUGCGUCCGUACCAGAGGGGCUUUUACUGCGGCGACUCCAGCCUCAGCUACCCUUACAAGAGAAGCACCGUCCCCUCCUCUGUGCUCACUUCUGUGGGCCUGACACUCCCCGCGGUGUCCGUAAGUCCCCCACCCCACCCCACCCUUCCACCCCACCGCCACGACCAGCACUCGGCCGCGGACGCAAUCGGAGCAGAAGCAGGGAGGGCCGCUGACGGGCGUCAUGGCGGGCUGCUCAGGAGCGAGCUUGCUCAGCUAAAUGGGAAAAGCCUGCGCUCUAGCCUGCCUUUCCUGAUCAUUGAGACUAGCACCAUAAAGCCAUACCGGCGCGGGUUUUACUGUUCGGACGAGUCCAUCCGCUACCCCAGAAAAGAGGGAGAAACCAUUAGUGAUGCGGUGCUUUGUGGUGUGGGCAUUCUUAUUGGCAUCUUCUCUAUUGCAAUUGGAGAAUGCUACAGAAUUCAUCAGCUGCACGAGGGCACCAGGUCAUUUGUCGGGAAUCCUUACGUCGCGGCUCUCUACAAACAGAUCGGCGUGUUUCUCUUCGGCUGUGCCGUCAGCCAGUCUUUCACCGACAUCGCCAAGGUGUCCGUGGGCCGGAUGAGACCCCACUUCUUAGCCGUGUGCCAGCCGGAUUUCUCCACCAUCAACUGCUCUCUGGGAUACAUCACCAACUACACCUGCAACGGGGUAGACAGCGAAGUCCAAGAAGCUAGGAAAUCCUUCUUCUCGGGACACGCCUCUUUCUCCCUGUACGCCAUGCUGUACCUGGCUUUCUACAUCCAGUCCAGGUUCACGUGGCGCGGCGCUCGCCUCCUGCGCCCGCUGCUCCAGUUCACCCUGCUGAUGAUGGCCUUCUACACCGGCCUGUCGCGCGUCUCCGACCACAAGCACCACCCCACCGACGUCCUGGCCGGGUUCGUGCAGGGAGCCCUGGUGGCCUACUGCAUAGUUUUCUACGUGUCGGACCUGUUCAAGCCCAGGGUCAAGCUGACCACGCCCCCUCCCUCCCCGAUCAAGAAGGAGCUGCUGUCCUCAUCCGAUAUCAUCGACAGGAACAACCACCACAACAUGGUGUGA